AUGACUUCUCUACCAAAAACCUACAAGGCCGUGGUACAAAAGUCCGCCACCGAUACCUGGGAACUAUCAGAUGUCCCACUUCAACAUCCCAAAGCCAACCAGGUCCUAGUCAAGGUCCUAGAUUGUGGUGUUUGCUUCAGUGAUGUGAUGAUCGGUACAGGCGAAAUGGGCAACAUUUUCCCUCGCGUACUUGGUCACGAAAUUGUCGGGGAUAUUGUCGAGGUUGGCCCAGGUGUUACUACUUUUCAACAAGGCCAGCGCGUUGGCGGUGCUUGGCACGGUGGUCAUGAUGGCAUCUGCCGACAAUGCCAGCGGAGCAUCUUCCAGUUAUGCGACAACGCCGCGAUCAACGGCGUUACACAGGACGGUGGCUUUGCUGAAUACGUGAUCCUACGCACAGAGGCAGUUGUCCGUAUCCCCAAGGAGCUCGAUCCGGCCAAGACCGCUCCUCUUCUAUGCGCCGGCGUUACAGUCUUUAAUGGCCUUGGUGGCCUCGGUCACUUAGCCGUCCAAUACGCCAACAAGAUGGGCUAUGAGGUUGUCGCUAUAUCAACAGGCGAUGAUAAGGCUGCCUUUGCCAAGCAACUUGGUGCUCAUCACUACAUCAACUCCAAGAAAACCAACGUUUCCGAAGAGCUCAUGAAGCUCGGUGGUGCUGCCAUUGUCGUGCAAACUGCCCCUGAUCCUGCCGUCUAUGGGGCUUUGAUGAAGGGCCUAGCUGUUGAGGGCAAGCUGCUCAAUUUGGCUGUCGGGGCUCCUUUUGAGGUUGAGCCGGCAGUCAUUAAUAUGAGAGCAGCCGCAGUCCAGGGAUGGCCGAGUGGACAUGCCUUGGAUAGUGAAGAAGCAAUUCGCUUCGCAUUGUUGCACGGAGUUGAAUGCAUGGUAGAGACCUAUCCGCUAGCAGAGACACAGAAGGCGAUUCAGAGUCUGGUGUCUGGGAAGCCAAGAUUCAGCAAUGUCUUGGUGAUGCAGUAA